CUUCAAGUUUCUACCAAUAUCAAACUUCAAGUUGGCAUAAACCUUUGAGCCAAAAAAACUUUAAAAAAAUGAAAGGAACCAAGAACAUAGAGUUGAUCUUCAUUCCUUGUCCAGGAAUUGGUCAUUUAGUAUCCACAGUAGAAAUGGCAAAGCUACUCAUAACUAGAGAAAAACACAUGUUCAUUACAGUCCUAAUUAUUCAAUUACCUAAUGACAACAAGCUUAGUUCUUAUAUCAAAUCAGUUUCCAAUUUCAGCACAAAUUUGAAAUUCAUUCAACUCCGUCAAGAUGAAUCUGUUUUGCAGCUACUCAAGGGGAAUAUUUUCACCUCUUUUAUUCCUGGUCUUAAGUCUGCAGUUAGAGAUGCUACUGCUGAAAUUCUCAAGUCCCAAUCAAAUAUUACACUAGCAGGUAUCGUCAUCGACUUGUUUUGUACCUCCAUGAUAGAUGUGGCCAAUGAAUUUGAGCUGCCAACCUAUGUUUUCUACACCCCUAAUGUAGCCAAUCUUGGUCUUCAGUUCCAUUUACAGAUCCUUAGUGAUGAAUUUAAAAUAGAUAUUACCAAUUACAAACUUGACUCUGAAGCAGAACUUUCUCUAUCAACAUAUGCCAAUCCAUUUCUAGUAAAAUGUUUGCCCUCUGUAGCCUUAGACAAGGAAGGAGGAGGUUCCACCAUGUAUCUCGAUCUUACGAGAAGGAUUCGAGAAACCAAAGGUAUUAUGAUAAACACAUUUGUGGAAAUCGAGCCCCACGCAAUCAACUCGCUCUCACGAGACAAGAAUAUACCGCCUUUAUAUCCUGUCGGACCGAUAUUGAACCUUAAUAAUGUUGAAACUGACAACUUGGGUGAAUCAGACAAGAAUGUUUUGAAGUGGAUAGAUGAUCAAUCCCCUGCAUCUGUUCUGUUCCUCUGUUUUGGUAGUGGUGGAAGUUUUAAAAAAGAGCAAGUUAAGGAAAUAGCCUAUGCUUUAGGGAAUAGUGGGUGUCGGUUUUUGUGGUCAUUCAGGCAACCACCAGAGAAAGAUGCAUUUCCAAGUGACUAUGAAAAUUUUGAAGAAGUCUUGCCAGAAGGGUUCUUGCAAAGAACACAAGGGAUUGGAAAGGUGAUAGGAUGGGCACCUCGAUUGGCAAUUUUGUCUCAUAAAGCAGUGGGAGGCUUUGUGUCACACUGUGGAUGGCCAAUGUACACGGAGCAGCAAGCGAAUGCGUUUCAAUUGGUUAAGGAUUUGGGAAUGUCAGUCGAGAUUAAGAUGGAUUACAGGAAGGAUCCGAAAGUGAUGGGCCAAGAGAUUAUAGUGAAAGCAGAGGAGAUUACAAAAGCGAUGAGGGAACUUAUGGACCCGGAGAAUAAAAUCCGGAUGAAAGUGAAAGAGAUGAAGGAGAAGAGCAGAGCGACAACAAUGGAAGGUGGCUCUUCUUACACUUGUAUUGGAGGUUUCAUCCGGUGUAUCAUGGGGAAUACUCGAUAAUUAGGCAUAUGAUUCUGGCUAAUAGCAUUGGAUUUAAGACAAUACAAAAAUACAAUAUACGUGUAUUUUGUAAUUUGAUUGAUUUAGUUGGUUAUG